GAUCAAUCCGACGCCGCGUCGAUCCAGGCAGCGGAAGCAAGGGCAACGGGCCUCGGCACCGCUGCUCCGGGAGGGAUCGCCGCGCGAGCGCAGGGAGCAGCGGAGUCGAACGCCGGAGCUGAUCGGAGCGUCGACGAGGAGAAGGUGGCGCUUAGAGAUGUGCUGGAUGAUGCGACGACAAAGCUAGCGAAGGAUAAAGUGGUGACGAGGGAGGAUGCUGAGAGAGUGAAAGAAGCUGAGGGGAGAAAUAAUCCAAGCGAAGAGGAAGCAGGCGUUUCCAUCGCGAUGGAAGCAGCAUCGAGGAUGAAUAAGCCCGGGGUCGUGUAAAGAGAGAGAGAGAGAGCAGCAGCAGCAGCUAGCGCGCGUGCUGUGUUUCUAUGGUACUGUAAAAUAUGAAAAUGUAGUAGUUCCCUGGAAUAAUAUAUUUGCAAGAAAAUAAAUAAUUAAAAACCGUUUAAAUUUA